UAUUAGCAAGGUUAUAUUAAAAACGUCAUUAUGACAAAAUGUCGGAAGAUUAUGGCGUCUGCAAAUAGAAAGUGACGCUUGAAUCGAAAAUUUGUUAGUUACAGGUUGAACAAAAUUGGAGUGUCUAUUAUAAUUACAGUUUCAGGUUGACGAUACAAGAUGGCAACACCAAAUAAUUACAAACAAGCACCAUCCAUGUCAAUGCCGAGUCCACAAAGCAAUCCGCACUACAUGAUUGCGGGGCCCCCAAUGAGUUUCGGCAUCAUUAAAGGCGGUAUGAAUGCACCGCCGGCGCACCAUAACCAAUAUCAGUACCACCCGCAAUACCAAGGUGGUCCCGGGAUGGGGCACCCGGGCCCCCCGGGGGGCUUCGGCGGGUGGCCGCUCGGGGGGCUAGCGCACGCCCCCCAGCAACAGGGCCGUUUCGCUGCAGAGGGGGCGCGACGCGCCGCCGCCGCCGCUCAGCCAUCACAGCCCACCAAGGAUGAUAAAACUAGCCCAUUUGUUUCCACUGUACAUUCGCAUCCUGGAUUCCAACCACAAAAGAUUGGAAAAGGUGCUGGUGCGGGUGCCGGUCUCCCGAAACCACCCAAGCCACCAGAAAAACCAUUGAUGCCAUACAUGAGAUAUUCACGUCGAGUUUGGGACAGCGUGAAGGCGGCCCAUCCAGAUCUAAAGCUAUGGGAGAUUGGACGUAUUAUCGGUGGCAUGUGGAGGGACCUACCGGAAACAGAAAAGGCUGGGUUUGUGGACGAAUAUGAAGCGGAAAAGUCCGAGUACGAAAAGAGCCUCAAAACAUAUCACAAUUCGCCCGCGUACCUCGCUUAUAUAGCGGCCAAAAACAAGGCAGUAGUAGGUAACUUGGAAGAAGAGAGCUCAAGCAAAAAAGGCAGCUCUCAGAAGGAGCAACAGCAACAGGACAGAAGAAUUGAUAUUCAACCAGCUGAGGAUGAAGAAGAUCAAGACGAAGGCUUGUCUGUGAAACACGUAGCGUACGCGCGUUAUCUACGUAAUCACAGGCUGAUCAACGAGAUAUUCUCCGAUACAGUGGUGCCUGACGUCAGGUCUGUGGUCACCACUGCUAGGAUGCAGAUCCUAAAGAAGCAAGUGCAAUCAUUGACAAUGCAUCAGAAGAAAUUAGAAGAUGAGCUGCAGCAGAUUGAAGAGAAGUUUGAGGCAAAGAAACGCAAGUUCAUUGAGAGCAGUGAGGUUUUCCAAGAGGAAUUAAAGAAGCACUGCAAGCCGGCCGUGGAUGAGGAGACAUUCCAGCGUAUGGUGGAGCGCGCCAUGGAGCAGAUGCGCCGUGGUAUCGACCCCACCGCUUCGCAGACCACCACGCCAGGCCAUGGCGCUGAGAGGAAAGACGAGUCGAUGAAAGAUCAGUCGCAUCCCAAAGGCGAGAGCAACGGCCCUAAUCCUCCGACACAAGUGGACAAAGUAUCCACCAGCGAAUCCAAGCCAGAUACCAACACAACCACCGAGUUGAACAAGACUGAUGAAACAAAGGAUAAAGAGAUGGAUGAAAAUGGACCACCAACCCAUGACGGUGAAGGUGACCGCAAGGAGGAGAAAGGCGAGAUGAAGAGCGAGAGCAAGGAGCAGGCGCCACCUGCCCCGCAUCCGCCCGCGCACCCACAGCACAUCACCUCGCCACCGCACCACGCGAUGAUGAUGCCGCCGAACCCCAACGCGCCAGGUCCUCACCCGGGACCACCGCACGCGGGCCCUCCGCCGCCGCCAGUGGGCGCAGUGGGCGCGUACGGGGCGCCGUACGGCGGACGCUACUACGGCGGGUACGCCGGCGGCUUCCCGGCCGGCUACGCGCAUCCGUACUACGGCGCGGGCGGCGAGCACUACGCGCCGCACCAUGCCCCGCACCACGCCCCGCAACAUGCGCCACAACACGCGCCGCAACACGCUCCGCAGCACGCGCCGCCGCUCGCGCCGCACCACGCGUCGCACGCGCCCCACCAGCCGCUGCAGCCGCAUCACGACGUCAAACCGGAUGAGCCACAGCCGAAGAAGGAGGGUGAAUGAUCGUCACCUAAGCGCGUCGUUAAACGGCGCCGCAAGUCCUCCUCGAAGGACACCCAGUGAGGUGUGGACACUAGUGCAUUCUUUAAAUUAUGUGAAACUGGAUUGGACAUAACUUGCUGCAAGCAAAAUAAUAGUGUUAAAUAAUUCGUGAUACAUUUAAAUUUAUUGUAAUAUGGACCUAAAUGUGAAAUUAAGAUAAUUCAAAAUCCUCUGGAUGAAUAUUGCAUAUAACUAUGAACUUGCUUAGAAUAUAUUGAAAAAAUAAUAAUUUAAGCGAAUUGAUAUUUGGAUUCUGAGAAUGUUCUCAAUAUUAGUAUGUAAGAGUGGGUAAAUGGAUAAUCAAUUGAGUAUUUUUAUGGUAGAAUGAUUUAACUGUAUAAUUAGCCUUUUUUUCUCCUUUUUAGUGUAUAUCUCCAAUGUCGAUUAAUAUAUAGUAGUUUUAUAAUGUAACUAAAGUUAGACUGCUUGUCCACCAAGACGGUAUCACCCACUACGGCGGUGGACUUGCUAGUGUUCUGUAUUUUAAAUAUAAUGUGUAAAUUAAUGUAUAACUUACUGAUAAUUACCCUAAUAUAAAUAUCUAUACUAUAAAUAUUCAAGUGGCCAGAAGACUAAACUUUUUUUCCAUAAAGCCAUUGUGUUUAUAUUGGGUUAAAUAAAACAAAACAUGGCUGGAGUCACAUUUAUUAAGUGAUAAAUAAGACAUUUUAAUACUUAUUUACAAAUACAUUAUAAUAGAAAUACAUUUAAUAUGACUGUAGGUAAAUUAGGUGUAUAGUAUGUGCAUAUUUGCAGGAUAAAAUACUGACUCACUUUAUUAUUCUUGAUUUUUUCUGAAUAUGUAUUUAACUAUUAAAAAUGAGGAUUUAUUGUAAAAAUACUGUACAUCAUAAAGUUUUUUUUUAUUUUAUACAUAGCCAGUAGAUUUUUGCCCUGGAGUGCAUUGUAAUCCUUAAUUUGUGGUUGAUGAGGCAAACUUGGCCACAAUGGGAUAGCCGUUGACAAUUGUUCCAUUGAUUUCGUGCACAGCACUUAUUGCUAGAUCAUAAUCUGGAAAUUGGAAAAUAAAUGUUAUUCAUAGUG